AUCCAAUUUGAUAUACACUAAGUACACUGCAGGCCGCCGCUCUGGCUUCUCUGUGUACCUAUAAAGAAAGGCACCCCUUCUCCUUUGAACAUUCUUCUUUCUCCUCCUUCCUUCUUCUCCACCUAUCUAUAUAGGCAGCUCGCAUAUAUGGUGUCGGCGCGGCGCAAGGCGGCGAGAGAGGAGGAGGCAUGAGAGGAGGAUGGUGACGUUCCUCCGGCCGCACCCUCUUGCCCAUGGGCCGGCCGCCGUCGACGUUCGCCUCCGGAUCAGAAGCAAAUUACAGUCAUCAUCAUCGCCGUUGGUCCCUUGUUGCGGCUGCAGCAGCCUGAGCCUGAGCUCUCCCAUGGCACAGGACCCCUCCCAUCCCCACCGCCAAACCAAGGAAGACCAGGACGCCGCCGACACCAACCCCCAGCAGCAGCCGCACCCCGACCAGCACGACGUCGUUCAGGAGCCGGCGGCCAGCACGAGCAGUAGCAGCAGCAGCGGUGGCGACACCGCGGGCUCCUGGCUGCAGCUCGGGGUCGGCGGCGGCCAGCCCGGGCCGGGCUCGCCCUCUCCGUCUUCGUCCUCGGCCCGACGGCCCAAACGCCCGAGAACAGAUUAUGAAGCAGCUGGGCCCUCGACGCCGGCCGGCCCAGAGCUGGGGUUGUCUCUGUUCCCGGGGCCGUCUUCGUCUCCGGCGUCGGCGUCGGCGUCGGUGGCUCCAGUGGUGGCGGCGGCGCCUCCGCCGGCGCACGAGGCCGGCACGUGGUUCGUGCUCCAGGCGGCGCAGAACCAGAGGACGGAGCCGCCGCCAUUGCCGCAGAUACCCAGGAGCUACCUCAGGGUUAGUAGAGACGGGAGGAUGACAGUUAGACUAGUGAUGAGCUACCUGGUUAACAAGCUGGGUCUUGAGGACGAUUCACAGGUGGAGGGAGAAGGAGAAAUACACGGCCGGACUGAUCGAGUGGACAACCAAGACUAGUUAGAGAUUACUUGUCGAGGUCAGCGCCUUCUCCCGGCGAUGACACUGCAGCACGUCCGCGACACCAUUUGGCGCCCGCCACCGGCAGAGGCUGCAGCGGUUUUGCCGGCCCCCGGCUCGUCGAGCACAAACCAGGUCAUGACAUUGCAUUACGGCAGGAGCUAGUACCUGGAGAAGGGAACACCAACAGACACAGCUACUUUUUCACACUGUAAUUAGUUUUUUCACUGCCCACAGGGCACUGAUACCCCCCUUUUUCCCAUACCCUAACAUCUAAUCCUCACCACACAAUUCACAGAGAAAGAAUAGUAAACCAAGGAUACUAGAUCAUAGGUAACACCCAAAUGUAAGUGUACUUGGAAACAAUGAGAAAUAAUUCUUUCAUAUUUAUUUAAUAAUAAAUAUAUUAUUUUUGUUCCUA